CAGUGGCUGAAGCACCUCCUGCUCGUUGCAUGGCUAUGCCAUUCGGUUGACGGCACUAGUGAGACUCGAAUACCGUUGAACCUCAAGAUGAACUCGAAUUUAAUGCUGGAGGUGAGCAAAAUCUUGUGCAGGGCCCGCAUUAAGGUGCUGUUUGUGUACUUUGAGAACGAGACAUCGCAUCAGCACACCGGACAGAUACUGCGGGAGGUAACCAAGUGUGAUAUAUCCUACAUAUCAUUGAGGAACCAAUUGCAUCCGCUGGAGGCCGUCAAGGAUGAUGGAAUACUGAUGUACAUGGUAAUGAUCAUCACGAACAUCUCACAGCCUCUGGAACUGUCGCUCAUUCGUAAGAAGUCGGCAGCGAAGCAUCUGUCGCAUGUCUUUCUGCUGGUACGGGAUGCGGACACAGUGUCGGAUGCCUGGAUGAGGGCCAGCUUUCGACAGUUCUGGAAGAUUUGGCUGCUCAAUAUCGUCAUCGUUUACUGGCGCAACGAUCGCUUGCAUGCCUAUCGCUAUAAUCCCUUUACGGACAACUAUUUGAUCACCGUAUCCCAUGAGACGAAUCGCCUGCCGACUGUCGGUGAACUCUUUCCCAAGACCAUACCGAAUAUGCAGCGCAAGCCGCUGCGGGUGUGCAUCUACAAGGACGAUGUUAGGGCCAUAUUCCGAUCGAAAGGCAUGAUUGUCGGAACGGAUGGCCUGAUGGCCACCUAUGUGGCCGAACGCUUGAAUGCCACAAUGAUGGUGACGCGUCCCUUUUCCUACAACUAUAAUCUCAGCUCGGACAUUUGCUUCCUGGAGGUGGCCAACGAGUAUGUCGAUAUGGCCAUGAAUAUACGAUUCCUUGCACCCGACACGUUCCAGAGGCUGGCGGAGAAUACCGUGGCCCACACCCGGGACGAUCUGUGUGUGAUUGUGCCAAAGGCAAAGACUGCGCCCAUCUUUUGGAACAUUUUCCGUUCGUUCAGCUGCUGGGUGUGGGCCCUCAUCCUGAGCUCUGUGCUGCUGGCGAAUGUGUUUUGCUAUUUGGUUCAUCGACAGCCAAAUGGCGGUGUUGCUGGAGUGCCCAUGCAGCUGUUUGCUGGUGCUCUGACCAUGCCACUGACGAAUAUUCCACGGAGCCACUCGCUGCGGCAAUUCCUCAUCUUUUGGCUGUACUUUGGCAUGCUCAUCUGCAGCGCCUUCAAGGGAAAUCUCACCAGCAUGAUGGUCUUUCAGCCCUCGCUGCCAGACAUUGAUGAUCUGGGUGCCUUGGCGGAGUCCCCCUAUCCCAUUAUGAUACGACCGCGACACAUUAAGCACAUUGAACACUUUCUGACUUUGGGCCACCAGCAUGAGGCCAAGAUACGGCAGCAGAUGAUGCAGGUGACGGACGGAAUGCUCAACACACACAUAGAGCACAACGAUAAGCGGUUUGCGUAUCUGGAGAAGUUUCAUAUUGCCCGCUUUCAGGUGAACAAUCGCCAGCAUAUGGUGCUGGGUCGGCCCGUGUUCCACCUGAUGGACAGCUGCUUGGUGCCCUUCCAUGCCGUCUACAUAGUGCCCUAUGGAUCGCCGUAUUUGGGCUUCCUGAACAGCCUCAUCCGUAGCUCGCAUGAGUUCGGCUUCGAGCGUUAUUGGGAUCGCAUUAUGAACACGGCGUUCAUUCAGUCGGGUGCCAAGGUAGUGCAUCGCCGGCACAACAGCAACGAUGAUCCGGUCGUGCUUAAACUAGAGCACUUUCACGCCGUAUUCUCGCUGUGGUUCAUCGGCAUGGGGCUGGCGUGUGCGGCAUUCAUCUGGGAGCUGUUAACCCACAACUACAACUGGGCCAUAACCAAGCGGCGGCAGCAGUAG